AGAGUGACAUUUCUUUAAAAUUAAAGAAUAGGAGCGUCGCGUUAACUUACAUGUAGUACCUAAACAAACAAUAUUUGAAUUUAAAAUACAAUUUUUUAAAAUUAUUUUUUAAUUUUGAAUUAAAUAUUUACUAGUUUUUUGAAAAAUAUUGAAAAUAAAUAAUAUAUUUUAAAGUAAAAAAGGACUAGCAGAAAAAAUUCUCCAGUUUUUGAUUUUGGGGAAAAAUCGAUAAUAAAAGCAAAAAAAAAAAAUAAAAACAUAAAAGAAAAACUGCAAAAUCUAGUGCAGUGCAGUAAUUUUUUUUUUAAUUUAAUUUGGUUUUUUAUUGAAAAUAUUUUAGUCUUGAAAAAAUACAAAAUUGUCAAAAAUAUUACAAUUAAAAGUGAAAAAAAAAAUUAACACAAUAUUAAAAAAAAUUAAGGAAAAAAGUAGAAAAGAGUGAAACUUAAAGGAAUUGUUAUAUUUCGCGCUUGGUAAAUUUUGCAAUGCGGGAUCUCGGUGCAAAAAUGGCCGAGUUAAAAUUUGAGGCUCCAUUGGCCCAAUUCGAGGAAACAGAUGAAUGGGGUGGUAAUGAUUUUAUUACCCAAACAGUUGGUGGUGGUGGUAAUAACGUUGGUGUUACAAACGGUGGUGGAGUUGGUGCAAAUAAUGCAAACACUCUAAAAUCAUUAAGUGAUACAUUAAAUUUAAAUUUGAAAGAAACUGAUAAUAUUUUGUUAUUGGAAGAAGCUGUUCGUGACGUUCACAUUAGCAAAAAUGGUAGUCCAAAUUGUAAUUCAGGAAACACAACAACUACUAACAUAAACAAUGCUAUAACUACAAUGAAUAUGAAAGAUACAAAUGUUGAUAAUUUUACUGAAACUUUUAGUGGAAGUCUUGAAGAUUUGGUAAAUACAUUUGAUGAAAAAAUUACAAAAUGUUUUGGAAAUUAUGAAGAAAAUGUUGAAGAAUUAGCGCCAGUACAAGUUCGAAGCCAAGAGGAAAUCAUGAACGAAUGCCAAAUGUGGUGGACUAUAACUGGUAAUUUUGGCAAUAUUUUACCAAUUGAUUGGUCUAAAUCAUAUGCAAGACAAAUGCAUAUGCCAACAUUGAAUUUACAACAGAAAAAGAUUAGUCAAAAAGUUGAUGGUGAUAGUUCACAAGCUCAAACACCAGAUGAAUUAAAUGAUUUAUCAAGUGAAGAUGAAGCUGUUGCGAAUGAUCUCGAUAUGCAUGCUUUAAUAUUAAAUGGUCUUAAUCCAGACAAUGAUGAACCAAUAAAAACAGCUGAAGAAGUUAUUAAAGAAAUCGAUGAUAUUAUGGAUGAAUCAACGCCAUCUGAAGAUGAAGUCAUGGAAUCAGAAGUUAUGGAAAAAGCUAAAGAAGUUUUGGGUUCACCUUUAUAUGAAGAAAAAUUACAAUCUUUAACAAUAUCACAAUUAAAUGAAUUGUAUAUGGAAAUGGAAGUUUUAAUUCGUGAAUUUAGUGAAACGUUGAUUAAUGAAUUAGCAUUACGUGACGAACUUGAAUAUGAAAAGGAAUUGAAGAACACAUUUAUUUCAUUACUGCUGGCAGUACAAAACAAAAGAAGACAAUAUCAUGUUGAAAAGAAAAGAGGGAAAACACAAGGUAAACAAUUGUCAGGUUUAGAUCCAAAAUAUUUGACAACUGUAAUUCCAUACAAUUUAGAAUCAGGAUCACCAGAUAAUCAAGCUUUGCAAGUUUUAAUAAAAAUUUUGAAAGCGAUCAAUGAGGACAGCCCAACAGUACCCACAUUAUUAACCGAUUACAUUCUAAAAGUUUUAUGCCCGACAUAAAUUAUUUAUUAAGUUAAUUAAAAUUUCAUUUUUGUAAAAAAAAAA